CCAAUGGCAGGAAUUGAAGAGAUCUUCUCAGAGAUAGAAGCAAACAACCUAAGCAAUGAAUUUUACAAAAAAGAAUUAGAAGACUUAAGAAUUGAAAAUGAAAUCCUUGCAUCAGAUAAGAAAGAGCUAUUUGCAAAAAUAAUAGAUCUGGAAUUUAAGAUUAAGAAGUUUGGAGCCCAGCCUAAGUCCCAAAAAUAUGAAGAGUUCAAGGCUUCUCAUAUACCCAAGCAAGAGAAUGAUGAGAAAUCAAUGAAUAUCACCAUUGAGUAUGAUCUACCAGAGGAGUAUAAAGACGAAGAAAGUAUUGCAAUUGAUAUCAUUGGGAACUUUACAGAAUGGAUUCCUCACGAAAUGGAAAAAGACGAAGAAGUUCCCUUUAGAUACAAGCAUACAGUGUCUCUUAGAAGAGGAUAUAAGCACAGAUAUCAAUUCCUUAUCAAUGGAGAUGAGCAUAUAGAUGAAAGCAAGAAGUCAUCAGUCAAGUUUGAUGGAAGAAAAACCAAUUACAUCAUGGUUCCUCUUUUAGCCUUGGAAAAAAUGAAUGAAGGAAGGAUAGAAUCUUUUAUGUGCCAGGAUGUAGACUCUCCUUCAUUGCUAGACUACCCUUCUUUUGUUCCUGAAGAAAUAGCAAAGAGACUCAGUUCUGAAAAUAUUAAAGAAGAGGAUAAAGAAAACAACAUGCGUCUUAAAGAAUUUGUACUUUCCAAAAUGAAUCAAUGUGCAGAUCUUGUUCAUAAAAAGGAAUUUCUUGAAGCUAAGAUCUUGGAAUCUGGGAAGGAAAAGGACAAAGUAAUCUUCAGAGCCCAGUAUAAAGAAUUAGAUAGUGAAUUUUGAAAAGUAGGGCUUGCCCUUAAGAAAGCUGUAAAAGACAGAAUAAUUCUCAGCACACUGAACAAUCCUGCAAUUUUUGAGAUAAUUGAAUAUAAUACUUCUGAUAAUACUAUAAGGGCUAGAAGAAUUUAUGACCAAAAUAAAUUACUCUUGGACAACAUUCAAGGCGGAGGCACUGAUACCUUUAAUCGUGAAGAUAUAUUUUCAAGAAUAAACUUCCUUACUCUGAAAGAAGAAGCUAGCGUAAGAAUGGAGAUGCAAAAAGAUAUUCAUAAAUUUAAGAUAUUUUACCAAAUAGAUAACAGUUUCGGAGAAAGUGAAUGUCUACCGAUGGCGGUGGAGCCAUCCUUUAUUUCAUUAAAUGACUACCACAUAAAUUACAAUAAAACACAAUUCUGCAUUGGAUCGAUUAGCAGCAACAGCUAUGGAAAUGUCCAAUUUAUUGAGAGAAAGAUCGAUCAAAAUGCUGGGUUCAUCUCUAAUUCUGUUUUCGAAGUCUGGACAAAUGAGGUUAACGAUAAAGUGUACAACAUUAUUCAUUGCCACAUUAACGAUAUGAGUGAUUCUGUUCCAGUUGCCACAGAAUAUCUUGAGGAAGGAGAAUCAAUCUCUGAUUACAUGAAUUUUGAUACAGAUUCUGCAGGCCAAAUCUUGAGAUAUAAAAUCUUAAUCCAAAACCACAAAAUUUUAACUGUUCUUUAUAACUAUGGUGAAAGUAUCGAUGAGAUUCCUUUUAAAGAGAUCAAAAUACCUCUUGGAGAUGACUAUUACCAAAUCAAGAACAAAGAGUCUGAAGAUCAGACCAUGAUAGUUAAGGUUAGUAAGAUCCCUAUCUCAAUGACGUGUGCUCACAAUAAGGAUGACUUGAAACAUAUGAAUAUCCAGACUGUAGAGCACGAACCUAUUUCUCAUUGUAGGCUGAGAUAUUUUGAAAGACUCCCUGGAUACGUAGACUUAGAGAUGGUAUCCUCUGAUAACUGCAUGUCUCUCUACGAAGGAGAGUACAAAUUUUCUGCUCCAAUCUGCAUCAUCGAGAAAGCAGAUGAAAUGCAAAAGACUAUGAUCCUCUCAAUGGAGCAAUACCAAAAAGAGCAGACAAUCAGUGGGGUCAAUCAAGCAGUAGAGACCCUUGAGAAGCUUGUUGAAGAAAACAAGUUUGCUAAAUACGACUCUCUUGAAGAAAUGAAGACUGCCUUCCAAAGCUUAAAAAUCUCUGAAGAAAAGAUCGGUGAUCUCCUUGGAGGUGAUACUAUCGAAAAUGAAGAGCUUACCUCCAAGGCCAAACAAGCAACUAUGAUGUCUAGUAAGAUCUUAAGAGGAAUGGCUGCAGAGAUGAGAAUGAUGGCAAUGAGAAAGAAAACUUAACUGUACCUACUUCAAUUCUACAAAAA